GACCAGAAAUAUUGUGCUUGUUAUUGAAGCCAGCGUAGAUAUUGCACGUUCGUUCGAGGCCGUUGUGUUUGAGCUUUAAUAAGUGAGUGCGUUAAGACGCAUCUUGUUUUGAACGCAGUGUAAAUCUCUCUUUCCAGAAAUGUCAUGUUUUAGUGGUGACCUCAACUUCUGCCCAGAAUGUGGGAAUAUUCUUCCAGUGCCUGGCAGGGAAAAUACUAUCACCUGUCCACGGUGUUCCUUCAAAAUCCCUGUUCGAGACUUCACAGCUCAAGUGAUUCAGUCCUCGGUGGUGUUUAAUCCUCUGGAUCAGAGCUCCAGCACUGUUGACAGCGAAGAAGAUGCUGAAUUAAAGGGCCCAGUGAUUGACAGGAGAUGUUCCCGCUGUAAUAAAGAAGGAAUGGUUUAUCACACGCGACAGAUGAGAUCUGCAGAUGAAGGACAGACGGUCUUCUUCACAUGCAUACACUGCAGGUUCCAAGAAAAGGAGGAUUCAUGAGAAAAUUGCUGUUG